AUGGUGUCUGUUCCAGCCAUCAAGGCCCCCACUUUGCUUGAUUUCGACACUAAGGUUUUCAAGAAGGAGAAAGUCAACCUAGAUGGCCAUGAGGAGAACUACCGAACCCACCAACAAAAACAGGCAUGCAGAGAAACCAAAAACAUACUGAAUAGCUCCAAAAGUUUGGCAAUUUCUGUUAAGAGAUUUUUAAGUGUGGACUAUAUUGUUCUAACGAGUGUAGAUCGUGAUGAUCUACCUGAUGGUGUAAGUGGGCAUUUUGCUCAAACAGUCAAAGCUAUGAAGCAACUCAAGCCUGAGAUCAUGGUUGAGUGUUUAACUUCUGAUUUUCGGGGGGACUUGAAGGCUGUAGACGCUCUGGUACACUCAGGAUUGGAUGUGUUUGCCCACAACAUUGAGACUGUGAAACGGCUCCAGAGAAUUGUCAGAGAUCCUAGGGCUGGGUAUGCACAAAGCUUGUCAGUUUUAAGACAUGCAAAAAUCAGCAAGGAGGGCAUGAUAACAAAAUCUUCUAUAAUGUUGGGCCUUGGAGAAUCUGAUGAUGAGUUGAAAGAAGCUAUGGCUGAUUUAAGGGCUAUUGAUGUUGAUAUUUUGACUCUUGGACAGUAUUUACAGCCAACUCCACUACACCUGACUGUCAAAGAAUAUGUCACCCCUGAAAAGUUUGCUUUCUGGAAGGAAUACGGGGAGUCCAUUGGAUUUCGUUAUGUAGCCAGUGGGACCACUGGUCCGAUCCUCAUAUAGAGUUGGUGAGCUUUUUGUCAAGACAAUGGUUAGAGAUAAGGCUACCAGCACUACUGGCACAUCCUAUUGAUUUUUGGCUAUUGUGGACUUUCCAGUGGAUGGCUCAUGGCUGACAAGUUGACCACAAAUUGGUAAAUGAGAGCAGUAUGUAUUGGGGCAAAUGACUGUAAUGGUUGUCCUAAUUUAUUAUAGAGUAUAAAUUUUCUGGAUCUAGUAAAAAAUAUCUUCAUUUCUUUGAGGAUUUUAUGUUUUAUUUUAUUUUCAUUGUUUUGUUUUGCUGGUAA